CUUGAACGCCGAAUCGGAGGAGCUCCACUUUUUUUGGCUUUAUUUAUUUCCCUUGAAUUUAGGCAGAUUUCUGUUUUCCAGUCUCCACCUACCACUCUACCUACCCUCUCUAUUACUUCAUAUAGUUGUUUGUUUGAUCCAACCAUCCUGGGCGACAGGACUCUUCCCAAAUCAAUCAACCAAAUUUGGGUUCUCGUCAUACUUUACAGUUUCGGAUUGACAGUUUUGGGAUUGUGUCCUGCUCGGCGAUAAGACUUUUUGUUUUCAGAAAUCAAUCUGAAUUUGUUUACUUCAUAGUUUUGUUUUGAAUUGAUAGUUUUAGCGAGGAGACAUGUCUGCGGCUUUGGGUCCGAACUCAGUUUUGCACAGCCGUGACCUUGUAGUGCCGUCCCCGGCCAGGGGCCUGUUGAACCGGUUGGGACGGCUGCCAAUAGGAGGAGCUGGAAGAGCUGCUGCUACUGCUAAGAGGGCGAAUUGUUCUCUGUCCAAAGGACACCGUAGUUUAGCGGAAAAGAGGUUUUAUGGGACGAAGCUCCGAUCUUUGGGCUCUGAAAGUUUGCAUCUUUGGCAAUCGGAUCGGCUCGGCAGAGCUUCCAAGCAGCGAAUUGUUGUGCGUUCCUCGUUCUCUCAGGUUCCCGAGAAGCCACUCGGUCUCUAUGAUCCCGCCUACGAUAAGGACUCGUGCGGGGUGGGAUUUAUUGCUGAGCUUUCCGGUCAAAGCAGCCGCAAGACGGUGACAGAUGCAAUUGAGAUGUUGGUGCGAAUGUCUCACCGAGGCGCGUGUGGUUGUGAGACGAAUACCGGUGACGGCGCUGGCAUUCUUGUGGAUCUUCCUCAUGACUUUUACAAGGAGGUUGUGAAGGAUGUUGGGUUUGAGCUACCCGCACCUGGACAGUACGCAGUUGGCAUGUUCUUCAUGCCCACUGAUGAUGUGCGAAGAGAGAAAAGUAAAAGUAUAUUUACAACGGUAGCUGAUUUACUUGGCCAUAAAAUCAUUGGAUGGAGACGUGUCCCAAGAAAUAAUUCAGGACUGGGAAACUCUGCUUUGAAGACAGAGCCUAUCAUUGAGCAAGUAUUUGUUACUGAAACUCCCCGGUCCAAGGUUGAUUUUGAGCGACAGAUGUACAUAUUACGGAGAGUUUCUAUGCUAGCAAUUCGAGCUUCUUUGAACCUCCAACAUGGUGACCAUAAAGAUUUCUAUAUAUGUUCUCUUUCGUCAAGGACUGUUGUCUACAAAGGCCAGUUAAAGCCUGAUCAAUUGCAGGAAUACUACUAUGCAGAUCUUGGCAAUGAAAGCAUUGGAUCACAAUCCUAACUGGAAGAAAUGCAAGGUUGAGAAAAUGACUUCUGAGGCAUUGAAGCAUGUAUGAUCUCUUAAGUUCUUCCACUUGAUCAGUGUUUGAGUUGGAUUCUUGGUUCAGUCGGUAAGGACAUCAUUAUGAAGCCAUCAAUGCUUGCAGAAAACAUGAUGCUAUCCUUUCUAUGAUUACUUCCAAGUAUGAAACCUCAAUUAUUGGUGGAAAGAGAUUGUGAAUGCUGUAGGUUACCUAGGGUUUCGAUCCAUGUUGUGAAGCAGCUGUAAAAAACCAAAAGCCAAAGAUAUUUAUGAAUCCGUGUAGUUGCUGUUUCGAUUUCUUUUGUGAUUUCUUUUAAUGGGUUUCUGGUACAGGUUCAUUCUAGGUUCUCAACGAAUACUUUUCCUAGUUGGGAUCGUGCUCAACCCAUGCGUGUCUUGGGUCACAAUGGGGAAAUUAAUACACUCCGUGGCAAUGUAAAUUGGAUGAAGGCUCGUGAGGGUCUCCUUAAGUGCAAGCAGCUUGGCCUUUCUAAGUCAGAGAUGACGAAGAUUUUACCUAUUGUUGAUGCUAGUUCCUCUGAUUCAGGAGCGUUUGAUGGUGUACUUGAACUCUUAGUUCGUGCUGGUAGAAGUCUACCUGAAGCUGUGAUGAUGAUGAUUCCUGAAGCCUGGCAAAAUGAUAAGAACAUGGAUCCUGAAAGGAAGGCUUUAUAUGAAUACUUCUCAGCUCUCAUGGAACCUUGGGAUGGGCCUGCCCUUAUUGCAUUUACUGAUGGACGCUACCUUGGAGCAACAUUGGAUCGCAAUGGACUUCGGCCUGGCCGGUUUUAUGUCACACACAGCGGCCGAGUUGUAAUGGCAAGUGAAGUUGGUGUAGUUGAUGUUGCACCUGAGGAUGUGAGUAGAAAAGGAAGGCUCAAUCCUGGAAUGAUGCUUCUUGUGGAUUUUGAUAACCAUGUUGUUGUGGAUGAUGAUGCUCUGAAACAACAAUAUUCUCUUGCUAGACCUUAUGGGGAGUGGCUUGCAAGGCAAACUAUACAAUUGAAAGACAUAGUUGAGUCUGUAAAAGAAUCUGACAGGACGCCUCCACUAAUUGCAGGAGUUUUACCAGCAUCCAAUGAUGAUGAUAACAUGGAAAACAUGGGCAUUCAGGGUUUAUUGGCUCCAUUAAAGGCCUUUGGCUACACUGUCGAGGCCUUGGAAAUGUUGCUACUCCCUAUGGCAAAGGAUGGGGUUGAAGCUCUUGGUUCUAUGGGUAACGAUGCUCCACUUGCUGUGAUGUCCAACAGGGAGAAACUCUUAUAUGACUAUUUCAAGCAGAUGUUUGCUCAGGUUACAAAUCCACCAAUUGAUCCUAUUAGGGAAAAAAUUGUCACUUCCAUGGAGUGUAUGGUUGGUCCAGAAGGAGAUCUCACGGAGACGACCGAAGAGCAGUGUCACCGCCUCUCACUCAAAAGUCCUCUCUUGAGCAUUGAAGAGAUGGAAGCCAUUAAAAAGACGAACUACAGAGGCUGGAAAAGCAAGGUUAUUGAUAUCACCUAUCCUAAAGAACAUGGUAGUAAGGGUUUAAAGGAGACGUUAGAUAGGAUCUGUUCUGAAGCACAUGAAGCGAUCAACGAGGGUUAUUCUACACUCGUGCUUUCUGACAGAGCUUUCUCGCCCAACCGUAUUGCUGUGAGCUCCUUGCUGGCUGCUGGGGCGGUACAUCAACAUCUGGUUAAAAAUCUCGAGCGUACUCGUGUUGCACUGGUUGUUGAAUCAGCUGAACCCCGUGAGGUGCACCAUUUUUGCACACUUGUAGGUUUUGGAGUGGAUGCCAUCUGCCCUUAUUUGGCGACAGAAGCUAUAUUGAGGCUACAGGUUGAUGGAAAGAUCCCACCAAAGGCAACCGGUGAGUUCCAUACCAAGGAUGAGCUUAUUAAGAAGUAUUUCGAAGCAAGCACGUAUGGGAUGAUGAAGGUUCUUGCUAAAAUGGGCAUUUCAACUUUGGCCUCAUACAAAGGUGCUCAAAUUUUUGAGGCUGUGGGCCUUUCAUCAGAAGUAAUGGUGCGGUGCUUUGCUGGAACUCCAAGCAGAGUUGAGGGUGCCACUUUUGAAGCACUUGCACAAGAUGCAAUUAAGUUUCAUGAACUGGCAUUUCCUUCACGUUCUCUCCCUGCCGGAAGUUCAGAGGCUGUAGCACUCCCUAACCCCGGUGAUUAUCACUGGAGAAAAGGAGGUGAGAUUCAUCUCAACGAUCCCCUUGCUAUAGCCAAAUUACAGGAAGCUGCCAGAUCCAACAGUGUGGCUGCCUACAAGGAAUACUCCAAGCGUGUCCAAGAAUUAAACCAACAAUGUAAUUUAAGGGGUCUUUUGAAGUUCAAAGAGACAGGAGUGAGAAUUCCUCUGGAGGAAGUUGAGCCGCCUACUGAGAUAGUAAAGCGUUUCUGCACUGGAGCUAUGAGUUAUGGGUCGAUAUCACUGGAAGCUCAUACAACCCUUGCUAUUGCAAUGAACAGAAUUGGGGGGAAAUCAAACACAGGUGAGGGAGGUGAACAGCCGUCUCGCAUGGAGCCUCUUCUGGAUGGAUCCAGCAACCCUAAAAGAAGUGCAAUUAAGCAGGUUGCAAGUGGAAGAUUUGGAGUCACAAGUUAUUAUCUCACAAAUGCUGAUGAAUUACAAAUAAAAAUGGCCCAGGGAGCAAAACCUGGAGAGGGUGGUGAACUUCCUGGACACAAGGUCAUUGGUGACAUUGCUGUCACUAGGAACUCCACUUCUGGGGUAGGACUAAUUAGUCCUCCUCCCCACCAUGAUAUAUACUCUAUUGAAGAUCUUGCCCAAUUGAUUCACGAUCUUAAGAAUGCAAACCCAGGGGCUCGAGUAAGUGUGAAACUAGUUUCUGAAGCUGGUGUUGGGGUGAUUGCAAGUGGUGUUGUGAAAGGGCAUGCUGAUCAUGUUUUGAUCUCUGGUCAUGAUGGUGGUACAGGUGCAUCAAGAUGGACUGGAAUCAAGAGUGCUGGACUUCCAUGGGAACUUGGUCUUGCUGAGACUCAUCAGACUUUAGUUGCGAAUGACCUUCGAGGCCGAACCACUCUGCAGACAGAUGGGCAGUUAAAAACCGGAAGGGAUGUGGCUAUUGCUGCACUUCUGGGUGCAGAGGAGUUUGGUUUCAGCACUGCACCUUUAAUAACACUAGGAUGCAUCAUGAUGCGAAAAUGCCAUAAAAACACUUGUCCUGUGGGGAUUGCGACUCAAGAUCCUGUUCUUCGGGAAAAGUUUGCUGGAGAACCAGAACAUGUUAUAAAUUUCUUCUUCAUGCUAGCAGAAGAGGUAAGGGAAAUCAUGUCCUCUCUUGGUUUUCGAACACUCAAGGAAAUGGUUGGCCGUUCUGACAUGCUUGAGCUAGAUGAAGAUUUAGUCAAGAACAAUGAGAAGCUGAAGAACAUUGAUCUCUCUUUGCUACUCCGACCUGCUGCUGACAUCCGAUCAGAUGCUGCUCAAUACUGUGUGCAGAAGCAAGAUCAUGGUUUGGAAAUGGCUUUAGAUAACACAUUAAUAGAAUUGUCCAAAGCUGCUUUAGAGAGAAGCCUUCCUGUAUACAUUGAAACUCCGAUCUGCAAUGUCAACCGGACAGUUGGCACCAUGCUUAGUCAUGAAGUAACAAAGCGUUAUCACAUGAGUGGGCUGCCCACUGACACAAUUCACAUCAAACUCAGCGGAAGUGCAGGACAGAGUCUUGGAGCUUUUCUGUGCCCUGGAAUAACCCUUGAGCUUGAAGGAGAUAGCAAUGACUAUGUGGGGAAAGGGCUUUCAGGUGGAAAGAUUGUUGUUUAUCCUCCAAAACAAAGCACGUUUGACCCAAAAGAGAAUAUUGUAAUCGGAAACGUUGCACUGUAUGGGGCAACAAGUGGGGAGGCUUAUUUUAAUGGAAUGGCAGCAGAAAGAUUCUGUGUCCGUAAUUCAGGGGCUAAGGCUGUAGUAGAGGGUGUUGGUGAUCACGGAUGUGAAUACAUGACAGGCGGAACAGUAGUUGUGCUUGGAAAAACUGGACGAAACUUUGCUGCUGGAAUGAGUGGGGGCAUCGCAUAUGUACUUGAUGCAGAUUCCAAGUUCAGGUCACGCUGCAACACUGAGUUAGUAGACCUUGAUAGAGUCGAAGAUGAAGAUGAUAUUAUGACAGUUAAGAUGAUGAUUCAGCAACACCAACGUCAUACAAACAGCAAAGUUGCAAAAGAAGUUCUUGCUGAUUUUGACAAUGUUUUGCCCAAGUUCAUCAAGGUCUUCCCUAGAGAGUAUAAGCGGGUCCUUACAAGCAUGAAAGAAUCUGAAGCUAGCAAAAAGGCUGUGGAAUCUGCAGCCAAUGAAGCUAAGGAGCACGAUGAAAAAGAAUUGAGGGAGAUCGAUGCUUUUGAAGAGUUGAAGAAAUUGGCGGCUGCGUCCUCUAAUGGGAAACUUGACCAGGAUGAGGAAGUCAAAUCUGUGAAGAGACCAACCAAAGUUGAUGAGGCAGUCAAACAUCGGGGUUUUGUUAACUAUGAGCGAGAAGGAGUUUCAUAUAGGGACCCAAACGUUCGCUUAAGAGACUGGAAAGAAGUCAUGGAAGAGACUAAACCUGGCCCACUUUUGAAUACACAGUCGGCACGCUGUAUGGACUGUGGUACUCCUUUUUGCCACCAGGAAAACUCUGGCUGUCCUCUAGGAAAUAAAAUACCCGAAUUCAAUGAACUGGUGUAUCAAAAUAGAUGGCGUGAAGCACUCCAUAGGCUUCUAGAGACUAAUAACUUUCCAGAGUUCACGGGUCGUGUGUGUCCUGCUCCUUGCGAGGGAUCAUGUGUACUUGGUAUCAUAGAAAACCCAGUCUCUAUCAAAAGCAUUGAAUGUGCUAUCAUUGACAAGGGUUUUGAGGAGGGCUGGAUGGUGCCACGACCUCCUGAAAAGAGAACGGGAAAACAAGUUGCUGUUAUUGGAAGUGGACCAGCUGGUCUGGCUGCUGCUGAUCAGCUGAACAAAAAAGGUCAUACUGUGACAGUUUUUGAGCGCUCCGAUCGGAUAGGUGGUCUUAUGAUGUAUGGAGUGCCCAACAUGAAGGCUGAUAAAACUGAUAUAGUUCAGAGACGGGUAGAUCUAAUGGAGAAGGAAGGUAUUAACUUUGUCGUCAAUGCUAAUGUGGGGAAAGAUCCUCUGUUCUCCCUUGACCGGCUUCAGGAGGAGCAUGAUGCAAUUGUUUUAGCUAUAGGAUCCACAAAACCUAGGGACCUUCCUGUUCCUGGCCGUGAAUUGUCUGGAGUUCAUUUCGCUAUGGAGUUCCUUCAUGCUAACACUAAAAGCUUGCUUGAUAGCAAUCUUGAGGAUGGUAAUUACAUUUCUGCCAAAGACAAGAAGGUGGUAGUUAUUGGGGGUGGUGACACCGGCACGGAUUGUAUAGGGACUUCUAUUCGACAUGGCUGCAGCAGUGUAGUGAACCUAGAGCUUCUCCCCCAACCUCCGAUGUCUAGGGCUGCAAGCAAUCCUUGGCCCCAGUGGCCUCGGGUGUUUCGAGUUGAUUAUGGACAUCAAGAGGCUGCUACAAAAUUUGGCAAGGAUCCAAGGUCUUAUGAGGUGCUAACAAAGCGGUUUAUCGGAGAUGAAAAUGGUGUGGUGAAAGGUCUUGAAGUUGUUCAUGUGAAAUGGGAGAAGGAUGCAACAGGGAAAUUUAAUUUCGAGGAAAUCAAAGGUUCUGAGGAAAUCAUUGAAGCGGAUAUAGUUUUGCUUGCGAUGGGUUUCCUUGGCCCUGAAUCUACCAUAGCUGACCAACUGGGCGUGGAGAAAGAUAACAGAUCGAACUUAAAAGCUGAAUAUGGACGCUUUGCCACAAAUGUGGAAGGUGUGUUUGCAGCAGGGGACUGCCGUAGAGGCCAGUCUCUAGUGGUGUGGGCCAUCUCAGAGGGGCGACAAGCGGCUGCACAAGUUGACUGUUACCUCAUGCGAGAUGAAGAUGACUCUAUUUGUAGCACUGCUGGGCUGAAUCGGAGAUUUUGUCAAGCAGCAGCAAGGUAGGAGGAAAAGACAUCUUUCAUGUUUGAAAUAUAGGAGGAAUUAGUGAUUGGUUUUUUUUUAUUGUGUGCAUUCGAUUGGAUGGUAAUGUUUUUGUUAUGUUAGGUCGUUUUCUGGUUAUAUUUCGUUAUAGUUAAUGAUGCCUGUUGGUUUGAAGGAGCAGCAAGGCAUAGCAGCAAAGAUGUAUAGUUUUGUUAUUAAAUAAUUCAUUCACAUCUCAGUGAUGAUGAAUGUUGGAUGACAAUAAGUUAUAGAUGGCAUCUCAUAUUUUUUGCACCCC